ACUGAAGCAGGUGAGAGAGAGAAAGAGAGAGAGGGGAGGAAGGGAAAAAAAGGAGAGAGGGAGGAAGACUUUUUCUGCACUUCGACACGGGCAGACACACACACACGGUGUGGGAGGACGACGUACUCGGAGCCUCAGCAGAGCCGCUGCUGUUCACACGCUGCGCUCUUUUCCUCCCCCCUGCCCUGGCACCCUGCGCGCUCGCCAAGCCGCACUGUUUGGAGAUAGUUCGUUCGGAAAGUUUUUUUUUUUUCCCCUUUGGAGCAUACUGUCUGGAGCCGAUUGUUUUCUUUUUAUAAUUUAUUUUAGUGAGGGGGAUGGCUCUUUUGUUGUGUGCGCUUGUGAAGAAGUUUUGAGGAAUUGUCACAGAAUGGAAGGUAAAUUGACAAGUCGUUUGUGGCGAGGAUCACCUUGUGGAUCUUUCCGCAGGUAAAACGCGCUGUGACAUCUGAGCGGCUGGAUCUAAAGUGCAAGAUUUUUUUUUUAUUCAUAUGUAUGUGUGUGUGGUUUUUUUUUUACACGUUUAGAUAUAUUUUCUACUUGGACAGUUGGUUUAAAAGCAGGCCGCUUUCAAUUAGAAGCGAAUCGACCAAAUACUGCAUCCGACGUUUCCGCUUUGGGGGUUGCCUUUCGAUGCUUUUAUUUGGUAACAGUCGCGCACUGAAUCGUUAAAGGAAUCGACUUGUUUCUUCAUUUUGACUUUUAGAUAUUUUAUAAAUCCCGCUGCUUUCCACCAGACCUAUAAGCUGUGCAGCGCAAGGAGCGCUUUCACUAAUUUUGUGUUUAGGGGGGGAGACGUCCGUGUUCACCAAACACCCCCCAAAAACCAGAAGAACUCUCAGCUUUAGAGUUUUGUUCACCCCAACCAAGCACUUUCCAAGAGAUCCGGAUCAAAACGACGAGACUUGAGUGCAGCGGAAAAGGAAAUCUUAAAUCCACCUGGCCUGCACUGGGAUUAUUGGUUUGAUAUCGUCUGCAGAGAGUGGAUUACAACUUCUAACGGGCUGUGCUCCCUGAUCGGUGGCAGUAUGAACCUGGGGCUGAGCUGUGUGUGUCGGCCGGUCUGCUGGCCCUUUGGCAGCCUGUUGGACUCCAGACACUGUGUCUUUGCCCUCACACUCCUCACACUCCUCAUGCAGGUGGUGGUGGAGGCCAACUCGUGGUGGUCGCUGGCCAUGAACCCUUUACUGAUCCCUGAGGCCUACAUCAUCGGUGCACAGCCUCUGUGCAGCCAGCUGGUGGGCUUGUCACAGGGCCAGAAGAAACUAUGCCAGCUCUACCAGGACCACAUGCAGUACAUCGGUGAAGGCGCCAAGACGGGCAUCAGAGAGUGUCAGUACCAGUUCAGACACCGGCGCUGGAACUGCAGCACCGUGGACAACUCCUCCGUUUUUGGACGCGUCAUGCAAAUAGGGAGUCGAGAAACCGCGUUCACUUAUGCCAUCAGCGCAGCAGGGGUGGUGAACGCGGUGAGCCGUGCCUGCAGAGAAGGGGAGCUUUCCAGCUGUGGGUGCAGUCGUGCUGCUCGCCCCAAAGAUCUUCCCCGAGACUGGCUGUGGGGCGGCUGUGGAGACAACCUCAACUAUGGCUACAGGUUCUCCAAGGAGUUCGUGGACGCACGAGAGAGGGAGAAAAGCUAUCCCAAAGGCACGUAUGAGAGUGCACGGCUGUUGAUGAAUCUCCACAAUAACGAGGCAGGAAGGAGGACGGUGUCAGACCUUGCCCACGUGUCCUGCAAGUGCCACGGGGUGUCGGGCUCCUGCAGCCUGAAGACCUGCUGGCUGCAGCUGGCUGACUUCCGCAAGGUGGGCGACGCGCUGAAGGAAAAGUACGACAGCGCGGCGGCCAUGAAACUCAACUCGCGUGGAAAGCUGGUGCAGAUGCACAGCAAGUUCAACGCUCCCACGAGCCACGACCUGGUGUACAUCGAGUCCAGUCCAGACUACUGCUUGAAGAACCAAAGCACGGGCUCCCUGGGCACAGUGGGGCGCCUUUGCAACAAGACCUCGGAGGGCAUGGAUGGGUGUGAGCUGAUGUGCUGCGGCAGAGGUUACGACCAGUACAAGGCCCAAAUAGUGGAGCGCUGCCACUGCAAGUUCCACUGGUGCUGCUACGUCAAGUGCAAGCGGUGCACCAAAAUUGUAGACCAGUUCGUCUGCAAGUGAGACGAGGAAUGCUGCCUGUGUGUGUUUGCUUGCAGACGAUGGGCAUACAUCUGUGUGUAUUCAUGAGCAGAUGAGCAACGGAGCUGAACACAGAGAGAGAAUGGAAGAAAGAAACUAUAUAGAUUAUAUUUAUAGAGUUAAACAAUUAUGCCAUUGCAAAAAGACACUCUUUUUUUUGUCAAAAAAUCUUAUGUCUUCAGAAACUGAGAGUAUUCUUAAAUAUUUAUUUUGAGAUUGUUAAUGUUUUAUUUUGGCCAUGUCAUCACCAGCCAAUUUUUAAACCCCUCAAGUGCCUAAAACCGCUUGGAAAUCUUCCCCCACCCCAUCCUCACCCUCUUUUUUUUUUUUUUUUUUUUUAAAUUCUAGAAAAGAUCAUUUCCUUCUCAGAUGGGUCACACUGGUCGUGAAAUUGGACUGUGUCUCCUGUUUUCUAACAAGAGUGAGGUUUGAUAUUCGUUGCAUAGUUGACUAAGAGGUUCUGAUUUGUUGUUGGAGAAUGACUGUGUUGAGAGGAGAAUGCAUGCGUGCUGUAGCGUAUGGAUGUGUUUUCAUGGGCCCGGCCCCAGACCAGCCUUCACGUCCUUACUGAAGUCUAGCUCUCCCUUCUCACCACAUGUACAGUAAGGAACGCUGUUGGUUUGUACGAGUCCUUGAAGUACAGUGGGUACAACAAGAGGGUUAUUUUGGGGAUUGGUCCCUUUAUUAAGCUGUCCCAGAAGCCUUAGUGUUCCCCAGGUGCUGCAACAAGCCCUCCACCAUUAUGCACUUUGAUACAGAGGCUUAAACCUGUCUGUAUGUGUCUGUUCAGCUGUUAUCAAUAUAUCAAUAUUAUAGCCUACAUUUUUUUUCUCCAUAUUAAUUCAGAUUAUCCAUUUAACAUUAUUCUACAAUACUUAACAUGGUUUGAAUAUAUAUGGGCAAUGUUGUGGUUACAGUGGUGAAAUAUUCCUCGCUCUGUGUAUAUAGUAUUUCUAUCCAACCAAUCAGUAAACUGUAUUUAUUUUCUUUAACCAGAUUGUCCUUUUAAGCUUAAAAACAUCAUCUCCAUAACAGGUCAAUAUUUAGUCAGACAUCCCAGAUUUUUACGGUCACUUGGAAAAUUUUUCUCCUCACCAAUGCGGCUCUUCUCUGUUUUUGUAAAAGGGAAAUGCACCUUAUUGUUUUGAAACAAAUUCUUUCUUCUCACUUGUGUUUAGCUGUACUGUUACACACAUUAUUAUCACAGAUGUUCCCAUGUCGCCACAAAUGUUCCAGUACCACUCAGUUAACUAUAACUCACUAUCCCUGUGAUGAUUCUCAAUAGAAAAACUAUUUCUAACAAUCCAACUAUGUAUAUUUAUAAGCUUCUCUAUGAAUUUGAGGUUUGUUAAACUUAAUGUUCUAUAGCUGAUAUUUUGUUACUUUUUACAAAUUGGCUCAAUGCUCUACUUUGUUUCAAUAAAUAUCAAAUGUAAAACAA